AUGAAAGGUCUCUUCAAGUCAAAACCUAAGACGCCGGUUGACCUCGUCCGUCAAACUCGGGAUCUCCUCAUAUAUGUCGACCACAAUCCCGAUAGUCGCGAAAGCAAACGCGAAGAUAAGUUUGCAGCUCUGAGUAAGCUUCUCCGUGAGCUUAAGCAAAUUCUGUAUGGGAAUAGUGAAGCUGAACCUGUUUCUGAAGCUUGUGCUCAAUUGACCCAAGAGUUCUUCAAAGAAAAUACACUUCGCUUAGUGAUUGUUUGUCUCCCAAAGUUAAACUUAGAAGCUCGCAAAGAUGCUACUCAGAUUGUUGCAAACCUGCAACGUCAACAAGUUCAGUCACGAUUGAUUGCAUGUGAUUAUUUGGAGGCAAAUAUUGAUCUAAUGGAUAUCUUGGCAUCAGGUUAUGAGAAUCCAGAUAUGGCAUUACAUUAUGGUGCAAUGUUGAGAGAAUGCAUACGUCAUCAAAGUGUUGCUAGGUAUGUAUUGGAGUCGGAGCAUAUGAAGAAGUUCUUUGACUUUAUUCAACUUCCAAAUUUCGAUAUCGCAGCUGAUGCUGCAGCAACAUUCAAGGAACUAUUGACACGACACAAAUCAACAGUUGCUGAGUUUCUUUCUAAAAACUAUGACUGGUUUUUUGCAGAGUACAACUCUAAGCUUCUUGAGUCUCCAAAUUACAUCACAAGAAGACAAGCUAUCAAGCUAUUGGGAGACAUGUUGCUAGAUCGCUCAAAUUCUGCUGUAAUGACACGAUAUGCAAGUUCAAGAGACAACUUGAGGAUCUUGAUGAAUCUUCUCAGAGAGUCGAGCAAGAGCAUCCAGAUAGAAGCAUUUCAUGUUUUUAAGUUAUUUGCAGCCAAUCAGAAUAAGCCAGCUGACAUUGUGGGAAUACUUGUUGCAAAUAGGAGCAAGCUUCUUCGAUUGUUUGCUGAUUUUAAGCCGGAUAAAGAGGAUGAGCAGUUUGAGGCAGAUAAAGCCCAAGUGGUUAGAGAAAUUGCUGGGCUUGAACCACGAGACAAUUAAUUCGGGUAUGACGUGGCAAUGGCCAGUGAGAUAUAUAAUUAUAUAUAAGUUAUAUUAUUUUCACUUUGUUUGAUUUUAGCAUGUGAAAUAAACAUGUAAUGUUAGUGGUAUCAAAUAUUAAUAUGCGGAUGUAGAUAUAUGAAAAAUAAUAUAUAUUUUAAAAUAAAUUGGUGUAUUAUUAAUGAAUGUUUUGGCCUGGGAUAUACAUGCGUGCAUGCUAGUUAGGAAGUCGGUGUCGUAGUAGAUGAUGUAUCAUGUAUGUACAUUGUAUUAUUAGUUUUGACU